AGCGUGCACAACUCCAAAUGCUCCAGGAAUGUGUCAGGUGCACAGUCGUUGCUAUCUAAACAGAACGAACAGAAUGCCAGUACUCAGAUAAAUAAUAAUAAUCUUCCUGUUGAAUGUUGGGAAAACAACAAAUGCUUUUCAGCUAUAUCUGCCAUAUUGUACACUAUUUCCAAAAUGUAUGAAAUUAGAAAUAAACCAACAACAAUAUAAUAAAAGGGAAAUAUACAUGUUAUUAGAACUCAAAAUUUAUGGUCAGAAAAAUGUCAGGAAGCAAAAGCAAGACAUAAAAAAAGACAUAAAACAGACAAAGAGUAGUAAAUAAAAAUAGAUUAAAAAAAUAAAUAAAACUAACAGAUGUGUGUUUGACACCUGCUGCUUUUUAAAGAUGCCCAUAGAACCACAUGUAAACAAACCAAAGAUGUCUCGCUGAGGCACAGACACAAAGCACCUACAUUGAGCCAUAUUCCUCUGGCGGCAAAAACUAAUAAUCAAAUAAAGUCAUGGAAGUAAUAUAAUAAAAAUAAGCUCUUUACUAAGACGAGAAACAAGUUUCACUCCUUCCCUGAAAACUUUGUCUCUUCCUUUAAAAAAUAUUUGACUUGGAUUCUACAUCAUGUCGCUGUAUAAUAACAGUCUCAUUUCAGAAACAUUUUAACACAAUGGCAAUGAAUUAUAUUACCAAAUCUCCAUUUACAAGAAAAAACAAGGGAAACAAAGUGAACUUGGUGAUUUAGAGGAGUCAGAGCUCAGAAGUCGACAUCCGAAUGAAAACAAGGACCAUCUGUACGCUGCCUCAUUAAAUGUGCAAGACCCCGUCCUAUUGGUGGGAUCCAACUGGUACCUAGCUAUUUCCCCAACAACAGAUUGCAGGUGGCAGAGCAUCGAAGUCUGAAGGGCAUUCCUUACUCCGGUUGCCUUCUAAUUAGACUUAAGGGCAGAGUGGCGGAUCCUCGGAGGACCUGAGAGGGAAUUCAGGAUGAAGGCAGAUGGUGUUAGAUCUCCAUAGGGAUGCUAAGGGGGGGAAGACUGGGUCUGGUAGAAAAAAAAAAGCGAGGGGAGAGGGAGGUGCUGGGAGAAGGAGGAGACUGAGUGGAGAGAGGAUGGGAGAGAGGAGGUCCUCAGUAGUCCAGUUUACUCCUGUAAGGUCACUUCAGCCCUAAAAUUGUGACAAGCUAGAGAGCUGUUCAAGUCAGCCUCUCACUUUUUUUAAACACUAACAAACACACAGCUUCCCUGCCUGCAAACAUCGGUAAGAUGCUGUUUUGUAACCUAAAACAGUGACAGACGGAGAGAAGCAGUUCAGGAUGAUCGACAUCCAAUCGUAACUUUCCUGAGAUUCACAGCAGCUGCAGCCAAAUGAAACCUGACCAACAGUCCAACAGCAACGAGACAGGGCCGCAUGCCACGGACUGGUAACGAAAUAAGCUGUUCACGAAAACACUGAGGCACAGCAGAACAAGACUGAUUAGACUGGUUGGUUUGCUCUCUCCGAUUGUCACUGGAUUUGUUAGAUGUUGGACUUUCGAUACUCUGGAAUGAUCCCUGCACUUAAAGUGGCACAGACGAAUUGGUCCAAAAAAACUGAAUGUCAAAAUGCCCUGUGAAGAUGCUACCUGUGGAUGUGACGGAUGAGGACGACAUGAGAAAACAGGAGGACGUCUUUUUUAAAAUCCAUAUUUCUUGAUGUGUAGUUUUGGAGCUAUGGGUUGCUCAUCUUUUUGUGGGUGCACCUCCACAUGACAGAAACUGAGCCAUGAUUUUAUAAGCCUAAAGUGUUUAAAAAUCGUUUGAAAGACAAUCCACCAUGUUUAAACGGUGGCUGCUGGCCUUGGUGGCCCGUGUCGGCCUCAUUGUGCUAGGCCUCUGCUGCUGUCUCUCGCUGUUCUACCUCCUGGCCUGUAAACCUGCAUCUCGCAGCAGCCAGCAGUCUCCGCUGUGGUCUGGGGGAGCCACCAGUAAGGAGGGAUACAUGGCUUUGUUGCAGGAGAGGGAAGACUCUCACAGACAUUACAUCAACAGCCUGACAAAGCAGAUAGCCCAGCUGAAGGAGGCUCUCCAGGAGAGGACGCAGCAGCUCCAGGAGUCCCUGGAUAAAGCAAAAACCAAAGGGAUUCUGCCUCAGGGUUUGGAGAGUCUGCACAAAACCCCGACACAGUCUGACCUGAAGGAGUUGUUCCGCUCCCAGCUGAACCAGGCGGAGGUGAACUCAGGUGUAAAGCUGUCCAGCGAAUAUGCAGUGAUUCCUUUUGACAUUUUCACUCUGCGGAGGGUGUACCAGCUGGAGACAGGGCUGACCAAGCACCCUGAGGAGAGGCCUGUGAGGAAAGACCGCAGGGAUGAGUUGAUAGGCACCGUGGAAACAGCUCUGCACGUCCUGAAUGGACCUCAGCAACACAUGGACAACAUCAGGCGAAAGCGAACAUACUCCCCUUCAGACUUCGUAGAGGGGUUGACCCGUACAGAGCGGGACAGAGGAACCGUGUACGAGCUGAUGUUUAAAGGCGACGGCCCACAGGACUUCACGCACCUCGUGCUCUUCAGGCCGUUCGGCCCCAUGAUGAAGGUGAAGAGCGACAGUGUGGAUACGCGCAGCAUGCUCAUCAACAUCAUCGUACCUCUUUCCAAGAGGCCGGACACAUUCAGGCAGUUCAUCAACAACUUCAGAGAAGUGUGCAUCAAGCAGGACGGCAGGGUUCAUCUCACUGUCGUCUACUUUGGGCGAGAUCAGAUAGACCAAGUUAAAGCUAUGUUGGACCAGACCACCAGAGAGACUCGGUUCAGGAGCUUCACACUGAUCCAGCUGAAUGAGGAGUUUUCACGUGGUCGAGGCCUAGACGUGGGCGCCAGGGCUUGGAGGCGGAGCCAGAAUGUCCUGCUCUUCUUCUGUGAUGUUGACAUCCACUUCACAGCUGACUUCUUGACUUCCUGUCGUCUCAAUGCAGAGGCUGGUAAGAAAGUGUAUUAUCCAGUGCUCUUCAGCCAGUACAACCCAACUAUCAUCUACAGUAAUCAUACACUUCUACCCUCUGUUCAACAGCAGCUGGUAAUCAGGAAAGAAACUGGAUUCUGGAGAGACUUUGGGUUUGGCAUGACAUGCCAGUACAGGUCUGAUUUCAUCAACAUAGGGGGUUUUGACCGUAACAUCAAAGGUUGGGGGUUGGAGGACGUACACCUGUACAGGAAGUACCUUCACAGUAAGCUGGUGGUGAUUCGCUCCCCAUCUCGUGGCCUUUUCCACUUGUGGCAUGAGAAAAACUGCUCAGAUGAGCUUCCUCCAGACAAGUACAAGAUGUGUAUGCAGACCAAAGCCAUGAGCGAAGCCUCGCAUGGCCAGCUGGGGGAGCUGUUCUUCAAACGAGAGAUCAAGGCUCAUUUGAACUCCAAGAAGCAGUCAAACAAAUGAUUUUUGUGGUUGUUAUGUAUGUUCUUGUUCUGGUUUUCAUGAUAAUUUGUGGUAACUUACAUUUCCUGAAAUCAUGCCAGAGAACAGGGUGUUCAGGUAAUGUUAACAGAGGAGACAAAGUGUGAUUUACUCUCAUUAUUUAUCGCCAUGGGGACAAAAGGAAUUGCAAAGAAUCAACAUCAGAACAAACUGUGUUUGAUUUUAUUUUUUGUGUUAAUAAAAGUAUGAAGGAUGUGA